AUGUGGCAUCAAUUUAUAAUUCUUUUGUUUACUAUUAAUUUACUACUACAUUCAACGUUCGAAUUGGGAAUUAAUGAAAUGGAUUUUUGUUGUUCCAAUACUUGUUGUUGCUCAUUGUGUACUGCGGAACAAUGUCGUUUACCUGAUCAACCGGGAAAGCAAUGUCGAUGUUACAACACAACCGAUGUAACAUGCUUGAGGUUCACAAAUUUCAUUUAUAAACCGGAAACAAUAGAAUUACCAAAUCAAGUGCAAAUUUUUUCUGUUUUACCAGACCAACCAAUAAUGGCACAGGUAAUACCAAUGGGUAUCAAAGAAUUGGAUAUUGAUCCGCUAUGUUGUGCUGUUAAAAAUUGUCCAGCCUGGAUAAAAUGCAGAAAUCCGUCAAGUACAAAACGAGAUCAAUCAGCAUCACAAACAAUGCCGAUACCAUUAUUUAUUAUUGCUUGCAUAUUAUUUGCUUUGAUUACUGUUACAACGAUUGGCCUUUGUAUCGCAGCUAGCGUAUACAUCAAUGAUAAACGACGAAAUUGUGAUAUUUACAGCAGAACUGAAAGAUAUUGA